AACAGCAGUAAGAACCUGUCAGAGGAGAAAGACCUACUUACCAGUUAUAGAAAACUGUAUAAAGAAAUAGACGAGCUACAGGUCAGUUUCAACAAUCUGUCUAAAGAGAAAAAUGAGCUACAGACCAGCAACAACAAACUGACGACAGAGAAAGACCAGAUAAAGAACGGCGACAAUGCCAUGAAAGGUGAAAGAGACAGGGCACUGAGCAACUACAACAACUGCCUUAGCUAUUUUAGAAAAGAGGGAUGUCCAUAAAUGGACAUUUUGUUAAUUCACACAUAUACAGUGGCUUGCGAAAGUAUUCACCCCACUUGGCAUUUUUGCUAUUUUGUUGUCUUACAACCUGGAAUUAAAAUAUAUUUAUUGGGGGUUUGUAUCAUUUGAUUUACACAACAUGCCUACCACUUUGAAGAUGCAAAAUAUAUUUUCUUGUAAAAUAAACAAGAAAUAACACAAAAUAAAAAAGAAAACAUGAGCGUGCAUAACUAUUCAUGCAUAACGCGUGCAGGGUUAUCUUUGGUAUCUUUGUUGCCUUUCUGCCUGGUCCGUGAGUUUUGGUGAGCAGCCCGCUCUUGGCAGGUUUGAUGUGGUGCCAUAUUCUUUCCAUCUUUUAAUAAUGGAUUUAAUGGUGCGCCGUGGGAUGUUCAACGCUCCGGAUAUUUUUUUAUAACCCAACCCUGAUCUGUACUUCUCCACAACUUUGUCCCUGACCUGUUUGGAGAGCUCCUUAGUCUUCAUGAUGCCCCUUGCUUAGUGGUGUUGCAGACUCUGGGGCCUUUCAGAACAGGUGUAUUUAUACUGAGAUCAUGUGACAGAUCAUGUGACACUUAGAUUGCACACAGGUGGACUUUAUUUAACUAAUUAUGUGACUUCUGAAGGUAAUUGGUUGCACCAGAUCUUAUUUAGGGGCUUCAUAGCAAAGGGGGUGAAUACAUAUGCACGCACCACUUUUCCGUUAUUUAUUUUGUAUAAUUUUUUGAAACAAGUUAUUUUUUAAAUUUCACUUUACCAAUUUGGACAAUUUUGUGUAUGUCCAUUACAUGAAAUCCAAAUAAAAAUCAAUUUAAAUAACAGGUUGUAAUGCAACAAAAUAGGAAAAACACCAAGGGGGAUGAAUACUUUUGCACAAGUAUUACACAUCCAAACUUUCAGGAGAUCCACAGCUGAUUAAUUACCUUGCCUGAGAAACCCAAAGCCUAAAACCAAUGAGAGUAUACCAAGAGGAACUGCUUCUCUAAUAGAAAUCUCUGAUCACACUUGUAGGCAAUGUCAUGGCGACAUUACCAAGCUAAGCUCAUGUGCAUAGAUGUAUCAUCAGGUCUAACGGUCUUGUCGCACCGAAAUGUGCAUGUGCAAGCGGUCAAAUCAAGGCACUCCUUUGAUAUAGAAAUAUAUAUCGUUUUUGACGAUAAUUAAAAUGUGUGUUUGUCACUUUCACAAAGUUGUAAUCAUGACAUGUUCAGCUACUUACAACACUGUCUCCAAUCUAAAUUGUGCAUUUAGAAAAUGAACAACUAAGGAAUAAUUUCUCCCUCCCAUUGACUUCCCAAACCCCUGGUCUGUUUGGUCUGCUUGGCGGCAUCCCCGGAUGUAUUGGCCGCUUGGUUUAGAAACUCUGUUCUAUAGCCCCAUGUCCAUGUGUCUUGUUAUCAUGAUAUAAUGGAUCUUUCUCUGCCUGCCAAUGUGAUGUGAUCUAACAAAACUGGCUUUGCUAUUUCAUUUGUUUCUCUUUUUUAGGUUGCUUGCUUGUAUUGUUAAUUUGUUGUUAUCUGAUUGAUUUAUCUUGAUUAUUGAUUGAUUUGCCUUGUCAAUUGUUGUCUUUGUUGCAUAAUGAAACAUGAAAAAUUAACACACCUCUGGUUGUAGCAGCCCUAUGUCACAUCUAGAUUAUAACAACAAGUAGGCCUAGUACUCAACAAACAAAACUGACUUCCUGAAAUGACAGUUCCCUGUCUACAAGUGGUUAUGUCUAAAAUAGCAUCAGAUAAAGGGAGACAAUGGUAACAAACAUAAAGGAAUCUGGUUGCUGCAGAACCAAUUCAUUUUGAAAAACCAAUCCAUUUUAUAUGUGUUCACAAACAGGUGCAUGGACAUUUAAUUUGGACUCAACUGACUUCCUGAAAUGGCAGUUCCCUGUCUAGCAGUGAGUACAGCUCCAGAUAGAGAGAUACAGCGAUAGCACAUUUAGGAAUCUGGUUCUUUGUUCAAAUCAACAUAAAGAAGAAGAUUAAUUUCUAGAUCUGCUACCGCAAUACCAAAAACACAGCCACCUCCUCAUUCUUGUGAAGUCUUAUCUUCACACCUAUUUAGCAGCCAAUCACAUACAUAGUUUUGUAUUGUCUGCCUAAUAUGGCAUGCCCAUUGGUGGUAAGACAUCUAUAAAAUGUUCAGUACACACCUUCAUACUAGAACAUAUUCUGUAGCAGAUCGUCUGGUAAUAGUAAUUGAGACCGUGGUAGAACAUGAAGAUGUCAGAGGAUAAGUAUGCCAAUAUGGACCAGUUAUGUAACAAAGGGGCAAGCAAAAAUGAGAAUAUCUAUGAAGAUGACAUCGCCUCUCAGGACUCAAGAGACAAGACCAAGAAGGAUGCCACCUCUAAGAUCAGACCAGGAGCUAACCCCUCAAGUUCUGAUAACUCACGUAGGAGACCCUCCAGAGCUGCUGCAGUUUGUCUGGGGCUGCUGUGUGUUCUCCUACUGGCUGGGAUUGUAGGUCUGGGUCUCCACCACAAGCAUAUCUUCAGUGAGUUUGAGGAUUGUAAAGCCAGCAACAUCAACCUGGCUAAGAUGAAAGACCAGUUACAGAUCAGCUUCAACAACAUUACCAAGGAAAAAGACCAGCUACAGACCAGCUUCAACACCAUGACUAAGGAGGCCGACCAGCUACAAACCAGCUACAACACCAUGAAAAAGGAGAGAGACCAGCUACAGACCAGCUUCAACACCAUGACUAAGGAGGCCGACCAGCUACAAACCAGCUACAAUACCAUGAAAAAGGAGAGAGACCAGCUACAGACCAGCUUUUCUGACCUAAAACAAGCUGGGCCUAAAGGCUGGACGCUGUUUCAGUCCAGUUGGUAUUACAUCUCCUCUGAGGUCAAAUCCUGGGAUGAGAGCAGACAGGACUGCUUGGAGAGAGGAGCAGACCUGGUGAUUAUAAACAGCAAAGAGGAGCAGACAUUUCUCACUAUGCCGGACAAGAGGGUAUGGAUUGGCCUGACUGACAAAGACAGAGAGGGGACCUGGAAAUGGGUGGACGGUACCCCACUGACCACAGCCUAUUGGUCGGGACAACAACCUGAUAAUGGUAAUGGGGAUCCAAUAUAUGGGGAGGAGGAUUGUGCUGAGAUCGUUAUUAUGUGGAUAUGGAAUGAUAUUUCAUGUGCAAAUAAUUUCAAUUGGGUCUGUGAGAAGGUUAUUAACAGUGUUAUAAUUUAA